AUGUCAACUCUCCUUGCUCUCUUCAGACGUCUACUUUUCCGUCGUCGAGCCACCACUGACAAAGCUUCAGAUGAAAGUGGAAAAUCUCAAAAGACCAGAACAAAAUCUUUGAUUAUUCCAGCUUCAAAUAACUCGAUUCGCGAAAAGAAUAGAAUCCAAGUGAAACGUGGUUCACAAGUAGUUAUUCGAAACCGGAGUCAAAGUGUAACAGUGGAGAGAAAACAUGUCAGCAGAAGCACUGAUAAACAACAAUCGCCAUCCACACGUCGUCAAUCUCAUUUCACAAUCCAUAAAUCUGGCAACAAUCUGCCAACAAGUCUCGCUCCAACUCUCACUUCAAGCUACCGUUCUCGAGCUGCAUCUGCUUCGAAACCAACUAUAAUUUAUAUUCAUUCUUGA